AUGGAGGGCAAACCACACUGCUUCGCAUCUGCAUGUGCCUUUUGGCCAUCGUCUUUAACGUUUCUAAUUCUUAUGCUCUCAUGUCCUCUGGCCUCAUCGGCUUCCAUAUCCACCUUGAAUUCAAGCAACGAGAACAUCGAUCGCCUCGCGCUCCUGUCCUUCAAGUCCCUCGUGUCCGAUCCAUUCCGAGCAUUGGCCUCCUGGAACGAUGAAUCCCUCCAUUUCUGCCGGUGGCGAGGUGUGACAUGCCGCAACCAGAGUCAUCUGCCGAGGGUCACAGCUUUGGAACUGGAGUCUCUCGAUUUGGCCGGUAAGAUCUCUCCAUCUCUAGCCAACCUCACCUUCCUCCGGAGGCUCCAACUCGCCGACAACCGACUUCACGGUCCCAUCCCGCAGGAGAUCGGCCUGCUUUCCCAUCUUCAACGUCUAAACCUGAGUUCCAACGCUCUAAGAGGAGCCAUCCCACACAACCUUGGCCGCUGCUCAGAACUACAAUAUAUGGAUUUGUCAAACAAUCUCCUCGAAGGAGAGAUUCCCAAUGAUCUCGGUGCCUUGUCAAAGCUGAAAAUUCUCUACCUCGGGGGCAACCAUCUUAAAGGAAGCAUUCCUCCAGAUAUAGGGAAUCUCGUCAGUCUAAGAGAACUUUAUUUGCAUGAAAACCAACUCAUCGGUUCUAUCCCAUCUGAGAUCGGAAACAUGACAAGUUUGACGACUCUUUCUUUGGCUGUCAACCAGCUUUCAGGAUCUGUUCCUCUAGAGAUCGGGAAACUUGUCAGGCUUGAAGAACUAUACUUGGACGUUAACCAACUCACAGGUAAUGUUCCUACUUCAGUAGGGAACCUCACUCCUCUCGUCUUUCUUGAACUCUCACAUAAUCAACUUACAGGCGUCAUCCCACAAAACCUUAGCCAUUGCUCCGAACUACAAUACAUUUACCUGGGAAAUAAUACACUUGAAGGAGAGAUUCCUAGUGAUAUCGGUUCUUUGUCAAAUCUGAAGCUUCUCGCACUCGGGGGCAACCACCUCAGAGGAAGCAUACCUCCAGAAAUUGGGAACCUUGCGAAUUUGAUUGCUCUCGAUUUGUCAAGCAACAACCUUGAACAUUCUAUUCCUCCGGAGAUCGGGAAUCUCGUCAGUCUAAGAGAACUUUAUUUGCAUGAAAACCAACUCACGGGCAAAAUCCCAUUGGAGAUUGGAAACCUUUCGAAUCUGACUAUUCUUGACAUGCCUCGCAAUAAGCUUUCGGGAUCUGUUCCUUCAGAGAUUGGGAACCUUGUCAGACUCGAACAACUUUACUUGAAUAGCAACCAAAUCACCGGCGUCAUUCCUGCCUCGAUAGGGAACUUGACUUCUCUUAUUUUGCUUCAAUUCUCGUAUAAUCAACUUGUAGGGGACAUCCCACCCAACCUUAGUCACUGUUCAGAACUACAAUAUCUUUAUUUGGGAAAUAAUACACUUGAAGGAAAGAUUCCGAGCGAUAUCAGUUCCUUGACAAAGUUGAAAUUUCUCUACUUAGCGUACAACCGUAUCACAGGAAGCAUUCCUCCAGAAAUUGGAAACCUUGGGAAUUUGUCUGUUCUUAGUUUGUUUAGCAACCGUCUCACAGGAAGCAUUCCUUCAGAAAUUGGAAGCCUUGUGAAUUUGAAUGAUCUCAGUUUGUAUAGCAACAAACUUGAAGGCCCUGUUCCACGGGGGAUCGGGAAUCUUGUCAGACUAAGUAUACUUCUUUUGCAUGAUAACCAACUCACUGGAAUUAUACCAUCUGAGAUUGGAAACCUCGUGAAUCUAACUGUUCUCGAUUUACUGUCCAAUGGCUUUGUGGGCCCAGUUCCUGCAGCGAUCGGAAACCUCACUUCCCUCACUUAUCUUGGAGUGUCAUUCAACAAUCUUGGAGGGGUCAUCCCACCCUCCAUUUGGAACCUCUCCUCUCUCAGAACCCUAGAGCUCCAGAGCAACCACUUUACCGGGUCUAUUCCGCGGGAUAUGGGAAUCACACUUCCCCUUCUUGAAGCACUACACAUCAACGACAACCAGUUUUACGGGCCUCUUCCAAUUUCACUGUCGAAUGCUACCAACCUCAUCGACAUUCUACUAUAUAAGAACAGAUUCACAGGCACCAUACCCAGAGGUUUGGGAUCCUUACAGAAGGUAGAUCACUUUGAUCUUAGUUAUAAUCAGCUAGAAGCAAGGAAUGCUGUCGAAUGGGGCUUCCUGGAUGAUUUAGCCAACUGUAGCAGCCUGAAAUAUUUGCAAAUAACAAGCAACAAGCUCGGAGGCUUCCUGCCACGAUCGAUCGUCAAUUUUUCUACAACCCUGGAAUGGUUUGAAAUCGACGACAACCAAAUAGCUGGGAGCAUUGCGGCAGAGAUCGGCAACCUGGUUUCUUUGACCUCGGUUCGGAUGAACUCGAACCUUUUCACUGGUAAAAUCCCUGCAACAGUGGGAAACCUUUCGAAUUUACAAAUAAUGGACUUGAGUAGGAACUACUUCACAGGAGAAAUCCCAGCAACCCUUGGCCAUCUAACUCAGCUAUUCGAACUCCGCCUGCAUUCGAAUCAACUGCAAGGAUCCUUACCUCCGAGUCUUGGAAACUGCCCUCUGAAUCUCUUGGAUCUUUCAGUCAACAAGUUAAAUGGCACAGUGCCGAAAGAAAUUAUGGCCAUCCCCACCCUCACCAGGUACAAUUCCAAGAACCCUUGGUGA